CGACGGAGUAGAUCGCGUUGCAGUUUGCAGCAACUGUUACAGUGCGUAGUAGUACAGGAGAGAAAAUAAAAUAUAAAAAAACACAGAGAAAACAACCAUCCGUGGGAACGGUAAGCAAAGUUGUGAAAAUAAUCGUUCGAGAAACAAUAAUUGUGAUUAAACGGGUUGCAAAUCCGAUCAGUGUAACUUAAACAAAAUUGCAACGGUGUACGGGGAAGAAAAUUGCAAAACUAAGAACAAAAACAGCAAACACAAAAUAGUGCAACAGUGAGACCGUGGCGGCGGAAGAGAACUAGCUAGUGAAGCGAAUGCCCUAAUGUGGAGCGGGUCGUAAAGUGAGAACACCCUUCGUGUGACGUGGAUUUGGUUUCACUUCGGUUUACCGUUGGCGGAAGGAAACGAGCGCGAAAGCAAAAGAAAACUGCAAAUCCGCACACCUUUCCACACGAAACAAUCGAAACCGCAGGAGGAAGCAAGUGAAUGAGCGGAAGGAGCGAAACAGUACACCGGAAAAGGGGUUAAGAGAUCGUGUGCCGAGGGGAUAGAAGGCUGGAAGGAAGGAAGGAAGGAAAAAACACUUACAACUUGUAGGGAAAUAGGCGAUCCGGAAGUGCAGUGUCUUGCAGGGCAGAAAGGUAGUUCCGCGAUUGAAGGGAAAAGAUAAACCCAACAAACGGGCAGUGAUCACCGAACGGUUAGCUUCAAUGCAAACAUAAGCGACGAACCUUUCGGAUUAGCUCUGAUCCAGUGGUGGAACGUUUGUGGUGAUUGAAUCAAGCUAGAAAAUUAAAGGAAAUCAAACAAAAAAGUGCGGUAAAAUGGCUGCCGGACGAAAAGUCAGCCUCAGUGCGGCGGUGAUCGUGGUGUCGAGUCUGGUGACUGCGUGUUCCGGAUCGGCCAUUCCGAUGUGGGAAUUCCUGAGCCGCGGCGAGAAGAUGUCGCAUCUGUACACGAUGUUCGCCAAGCAGGUGUCGAGCUACUGCAAAGGCUCCCAAGACAUGCCGACCAACAUGUGCAAGCGGAAUCUGCUGAUGUACGGUAUCAACAAGCUGCAGGACAUGAACGAGUCGCACCUGGACUCGAUGGACCCGUACCAGCGUGGCGCUACCGAUAUAAUCUGGGACGCCAUGAUGGACGGUCACACGAAGAACGGCAAAAGGAAGACGCAAACGACGGCCGCUCCGGCGUACAUUAUGAGCGAGCAGUACGAGCACAACCCGCUGUUCGACGAUCCAGCACCGACGGACGGUGUGCGUAAGAGCGCCGGUAGCAUCAGCAAAUACGGCAUGGACUACGACUAUGGCAACGGACCGACCGGAAUGGAAGUUCAGUACGCGGAACCUCAGAACCAUCUGCCGCAGGAGGCGUCGACCAACGUCGACUAUAGCUAUCAGUACAGACCGGCGCCGUCGACGCACUUUAACAAUCUGGCACCGUACGAGCAGACCAGCAACUACCUGACCGGACCGAUGGUGGUGCGACUCCGACCGGACGGAACGCCCGUGGAGGAGGAUAAGGUGCAGCCGACGCAGCCGCGCGUGCCCAAGGACGACGACAUUAAGGAGAUGACACUCGGCAAGGAGAAGAUGCCCAGCUUCCAGCAGAUCUACGACAGUCUCAAGCAGAACGAGGAACACCAUCUGCCAUCGACGGUGGCUCCGGUGUCUUCCACGACGACUACGACGACGACUGCCCUGCCUCCAACGUAUGCGGCCCCCCUGCCGGCUGUUGCGCCCACUCAGCAAGUGUACGCCUUCGUUCAGCGCCUCCCGAACUACCUCCGGUCGUACCGUACCGCAUACCGGGUGUACAAUGCUCACUAA